AUGUUGGCACUCGUCUUUUUCGCAGCCGCUACGUUUUGUAGUGUCUCCUACCUUUUCAUUCUUCCGAUUGUUCGUUACGUUCAUGACCCCAAGGGGCUCCGCAAAUACCCCGGGUUCUCGCCACUUUCGGGAUUCACCGACCUGCGCCACAUUUACCUGAGCGCCUGUGGCUACCGCUCAAAGGAGCUGUACGAGGCCCACCGACGGGCCCCGAUUUUACGCACCGGGCCGAACUCGCUAUCGUUCGGCGACACGCAGGCCAUUAAGGAUAUCUACGGCCAUAGCACACCAUGUUUCAAAGACCUCAACUACGUGGUUCUAGGUGGAAGUCAUACCCACCUCUUUGACGUGGUGGACAAGAGCGAUCAUGCUCGCCAGCGUAAAACGCUCUCCGCGGCGUUCGCCAUCAAGAACCUCGAACGCUGGGAAUCUAAGGUCGCCCAGACGACGGCCCGGCUCCUCAAGGCCAUGGAUGCCCAUUGCACGACGCCCCUACCAGCUGGCCAAACCAUUCCCAACCCGGCCGAUGUGUCUCUGGACUUUAACAAAUGGGUCUACUUGUUCACCAUCGAAGCCAUCAACAAGAUCGCCCUGUCGUCCACCAUGGACCUCCUCGACAAAGGCACCGACGAGGUGACGGCUCAGAAGAAAGACGGCACGGUGUACCGUGCGCGCUACCGCGAAGCCCAAGCCCAGACGGCCUAUGCACAGUCGGUGUUCGUGUGGGACUACAAGCACUACCCGUGGCUGGCGCGGCUGUCGAAGCUGCAUCCUGAAUGGCGGACGGUUUGGAAACAAGCUGCCCCGUGGGACGACGUGGUCUAUCACCAAGCCCAGACCCGCCUGCAGAGGUACCUGGCCGGUGAGCGCCUCGAUGACUUCUUCUCCGCCUUGAUGGACGACAAGCAGGGCCAGCCCAACAACCUGGAAUGGGGCGCGAUCCUCGCGCAGGUGGGCGCCAUCAUUAAUGCGGGGUCCGACACCACGGCCAUCGCCCUGACGCAGGUCCUUGACCUGCUCAUCCGACACCCGGUCCAGCUUUCCACGUUGCGCGAAGAACUCGACGCGGUGCUGGACCCAACCGAGACCGUCGCCCCCUACGACAAGGUCAAAAGCCUCCCUUACCUACAAGCAUGCCUCGACGAAGCUCUGCGUCUCCUCCCACCCACCUCCGCCGCCCUUCCGCGCCGUACCCCGCCCGAGGGCGCCCGGAUCCUGGGCGAGUGGAUCCCCGGCGACACCAGCGUCUCGCUGCCCAUCUACGCCGCGCACCGCGACCCCGCCGUGUUCCCGGACCCGGAGGCCUACCGGCCCGAACGGUGGCUGCAUGAGCCCGACCGCCGGCGCAUGGAGCCCUUCUUCAUCCCUUUCUCGGCAGGCGCGCGCGGCUGUCUCGGUCGCAAUAUCUCGUACCUCGAGCAGACGGUCGUGCUGGCCUCGGUGGUGCAUCGGUAUGGGUUUGCGUUGGCGUCGGAGGACUGGGAGAUCAAGCGGCACGAGGCGUUCAAUCUUUCGUUAGGGGCGAUGCCGGUGAAGAUUUGGAGAAGGGAGCUGGGUGAUGAUUGA